GAUUUUGUCAAGAAAUGUUACCGUACAAGCUUGUGCCAAGGAAUGUCUCUGUGAAAGUGUCCUUGAUUUUCGUCAUUUUAAUAAUUUAGAAACUGAUUUUACUUAUUGGCAUUUAAUGGUAUAUUUCGUGAAAGAUGCCUGGUAAACUGCGGGUUCGGAUCGUGGCAGCAAGGGAGCUGCCUGUCAUGGACAGAGCAAGUGACCUUGCUGAUGCUUUUGCGGAGGUGCGCUUUGGUCAAAGCACAUACAAAACAGAUGUCUAUCCAAAAUCGCUAAACCCCCAGUGGAAUUCUGAAUGGUUCAAAUUUGAGGUUGACGAUGAAGAGCUCCAGGAUGAACCCUUGCAAAUUAGGGUGAUGGAUCAUGACACAUACAGUGCACACGAUGCGAUAGGAAAGGUGUACAUUGACCUAAAUCCCCUACUGUGGAAGGACAGCGUCUCGGAUAUCGCUGGCUGGCUGCCCAUCUAUGAUACAAUGCACGGUAUAAGAGGGGAGAUUUACAUCAUAGUCAAGGUGGAUCUUAUCGAGGAUGUCAACAGGUUCAGACAGUCAUCCGUCGGAGUCCAUUUCUUUAAUUCAAGUACAAUGCCAUCAGGUUACAUAGUGACCGCAAUCCAUGGCUUUGUGGAGGAACUCGUGGUCAAUGAUGAUCCAGAACAUCAGUGGAUAGAUAUGAUUCGAUCACCAAGAGCCUCCAACGAAGCUAGGCAGAGGCUGUUCUCAAAGCUUUCUGGUGAACUUCAAAGAAAGAUUGGACUCAAAGUCUUGGAAUCAGAGGGAAAUGCCGUUCUAGGGUAUUGGCAGUGCUUUGACCUGGAAGGAGAGUCAGGGGUAGUUGUCAGAGGAAUAGGUACCAUGGCAACCAUACAAACAGCCAAACUACCCCCACCACCACCGACAAGCCCACCCAAAGAUGGACCAAGAGAUGUGAAUCCCUUAGAUGACCAGAUGCAGACUGAUGGUCAACCUGGUUACGGUUCACCAGCAGUGACCAUGAAUGUCGCCAAGCAAGCUGCACUGCCACCCUCGCCCACCAAGAACGUUCCAACUCCUAGAUAUGCCUCGGAUUCGGAUCUGACUGGUCAAGCUCAAUUGCCUAAGAUUGUAAUAGAUACUGACGGUGUACCCACUCAAGGGAGCCACGGUACUGCAGGUAGUAGUGGGAGUGGGAGCGGACCUCAUCGGAUCGGUCUACCAAGGACAGUGCUGGCACAAAAUAACGUUGAUAUGCUGGAGUAUCCAUUCUUCACCAUGGUAACUUUUCCACUUGGUUUCUUGGUUCACCUUGGUGGCAUGGUGUCUGCUAGGUCAGUCAAACUACUUGACAGGAUACACAAUCCAGACGAACCCGAGACAAGAGACGCUUGGUGGAGAGAGCUUAGGACAGAGAUACGCUCUCAUGCUGUAGCCAUGGGAUGCCAUGCUGUAGUAGGAUAUAAAGAAACCACAAGUAUCUGUGAGGAGAUAUGUCUGCUUUCAGCCUCUGGGACCGCAGCCAUCGUGAACCUGGAAGCCGUUCAGCAAGCAGCCUUGAUGCAGCAAAAUAGUCCCAAUCUAACAAUGUCACUGGAUAGAGCUGAAUUCCACAAAGAACAACAGGCAGCCACACCACCCAUUAUUGAAAGAACUGACAGUGGAAACCCAGUCCUGGACCAGUUGUCCUGUCGCUGUUCCAUGUGCCACAUUCCUUACAAUGACUCGUCCCUUCCAUUCCCUGUACAACUAACAAAAUGUGCAAUAUGCAAACGUAGCAAGGUUCCUGAUGUGCUAUUCACCACCAUAGAGCCGCCAUCACAUCUCUUAUACACAGGGCAUGGCUGUAGUAUUCAAGCAAGAGUUUGUAGAAGUAAGAAAAAGACACAAGGGGAAGCAAAUGCAGCAUUGAUCAGUGAUGCCCUGCCAUUCAUGGAAUACGAGCUCCACAGACAAAUGAUGAAUAAACUUAAGGUCAAAGGUAUGAACUGUCUCUUUGGAUUGAAGGUUCAAGUCACUGUAGGAGAGACAUUACUUGUUGGAACAGCGACUGCAACAGGUGUAUUCCUGUCUGCUCUUCCUCCACCUCCAGCUCUGAAAUUAUCGACACAGGGACCAAUAGGGUCUAUGGAUAAACAUCUGCAGGCAUUCCAGGAAAGGCUUGAUAAAAUUACAGCUAAAAACAAGGAGAUCUAUGGAUUACUGGAACAACAGGAAAGUGCAGUAGAAGUUGAUGGCCCACAGCAAAACCAACCUAAUGAAGAGUUGCUUGACCCUCAAUUGAUCUCAGGUCAUAGAGAAACAUUUGUCAUUGAGAUUGACGACAUUGAAGAUACUGAAUCCGUCAUUGAGCUCUUUGAUCAAGCAUUACCACAAGGGUUUCAUAGUUGCAGUACAGAAAUGUUCCCUGGUAAUUUUGAGCCGACACAACACAUACAGACGAUCACAAUGAUGAGGCGAGCCUUGUUGACCGACACUAGUGGAACAACUAAGGUUGUGACAGGAUUAAUACAGGACAUGAUACAGGGAAUCUGUUUCAAGCUUCGGAAGCUUACACCUUGUUGUCUGAGUAAAAUGGACAUCGAGUUUGCUUUGGAUGAAGAUGAAAUCAUUCAGAUCUGGUUGACAGCCGCAGUCGUAGGCAUGAAGCCAAUUGUUGCUGCUGCUAUCGCCCCUCAAAAAGGCCCCGUAAAGCCAUCUGCCGAUUCUGAAAUGAUGUUUUCAAUGGAAGAGGUAUCGGAGACUACAGCCUCAUCCACAUUGACAAAAGCUGGAGCAUCAUCUGGAGCUGAACCAAUGCAGCUGGAAAGAAGAAUUCAUCUCGCGAGUAACAAGCCAUGGCGACCAGAAGUUUUGAUCACUCCUUUGGCAAUUAUCCCUGGGGCAAUCAUCGAUCGUUACUUGGGCAACCUGAACGUUUUCUUCAUCAGGGAAACAACAUCAGUGAGAGAAUCUGGCGGGGUGAGCGGUUUCAUGCGUAGUUUCAUCGCUGAAGUGAAAGCCAUUGUGAGACGUCACGUCGCCGCCUUAGGUGGGAAUGCCCUUGUAGCUUACGCUCUCAUCGAUUGCAUCAUGGAGGAAAGUCCUCAUAAAAACCAAUGCCAAUGCCUGAUUCACGUGUGUGGAGAUGCCGUUCACAUCCAGUAUGAAGAUUCAUCGAUAAAUCUUGAUGGAAGCAGCGGAAAGAACUCUCAUAUUGUCACGGCUGCACCCGCCACCCGUAGCUGAAACAAACCUAUGGUAUCACCAAGGAAAAGUUAAUUGCUUGCAGAUGUGAAUAGAAAAAGCAGGUAUUCUAGUGCUGUUAUCGAUAACCUCUUCAUUGCUAGUCUUGUCGAUAAUCCCAUGUUUUUUUACACUUAGCGAUAUCGAUAACCUUUCUCUCGUUGUCGAUAAUACUCGCUAUUACAUGUAUGUAGAGACAUGACAGUGAUUUUCCUUUAUUGCGGAAAAUGGACAGAAUUAACAGAAACAGCCUUUUGAAAGUGGAUUUUCAAAUGUAAACUCACGGAAAACAUAUUUUUUCUCAAAAUGUGCAGAACAGCAACAGAAAUUAAUCCAAAAUCUCAACAAAAUACGAUCUCAAUUUGCUAUAAUUAUGACAAUCCAAACAUCUGACUGCACUCGACUCCAUUCGAUCGUAUCGAAACAUUCACAAGCAGCGCAAGCUCAAUUUUAGCGACCCAAAACAAGUACCAACUAACUUAGAAGGCAGCACACGGCCGUGUGUUGCUGCCAUCUACGUUCGAAAAUGUACAGCACGAUAUCAAAAUGGUGGAUAGGCGAAAGUCGUUGACUGCUCAGAACGAUGUCCAAAAAGCCCCCAAAUUAUCGAUAAAACUUCAUCCAACCCUAAAAUAAUGCUAAUAACGUGAAAGGUGAGGAUGUAUUUAUGCUAAAUAUGUUUGUUAAAAUAUGUUAUGUAAUUGUUUACAUUCGAUGAACGCGAAGCAUUCUUGGUACAGUGGCAGAUACAAAUAAUGACCAAUGCGAGUAUGUGACAUCGCUACAAUGCAUACAAAUUGCGUAUUGAUUAUGUUCUUUUGUCGAUAGUUAUCAAUAUGAGUAAGAUAUUUUUAGUGAUAUAUCGACAGAGAAUUUUCUUACCGAUAACAGCAUUAAGGUAUGCCACUUAGGCUUCAUAAAAGAGUCUAAAAAUCCUCUUGAUGACCCCUGUCCUACAUGAAAAAGGUGUUUUCAAUGGACAGAGAUAUGUCUGAAUUCAGACUUUAGUCUGAAAAGUGCCAUUCCUGAAAAAUUUGCUAAAUUUUAUGGAGAUGAAUCAAUUCUAAGCAGAGCUGCCAACCGUUGUGAAAUAUGGCAAGAAUACAAAAGGGCAUCAAAAAGGUAAGAAUUUGUGCAAAAAAUAGGAGGCAAGUGAGCUACUUUGAAGGAAUAUGUGUAAUGUUCUAUGCAACCAUGUACACGAGCAUUGAAUUGUGUAUGCUUCACCUAUGAGCAUGUUCGAGAUAGAGUGCUUAAUGUUUGUUUAGGCCUACAUGUACGUACGAUAUUGCAAAGGUUCAUGGUAAAUAUCUGUGGGAGUUGUGGUAGAAAGUGAUGGGGAAAUUACACUUGAAAUGAAAAUAGGGUCGAUUGAGAAAAUAUGAGGUUUUUUUAUUGAAAAUUCAUAAUUUAGGCUAGGCAGAAUACUAAUUUGCUCUGGUGAUGGUUAGCAGGUCUGUCUAAGGUGCUCAUAAGUUGUAAUGAUCAUUAAUACAUGUAUUAAACAGAGAGUAAUUGGGCCCUACUGGGGUAUUCUGCACUUGGAGGAAAGUCAACAAGGUGUGAACCAUUUUAAUAAUAAUAAUAUACAUGUACAGUUCUUGUAUAGCGCAUAUCACAAUUAUGAAUGAUGUCUCUAUGCGCUUCCAAAGGACUUGGAUAUUAUUACCCCAGCUGUAGCUUGGCAGCCGUAAUUACUAAGAUCACAGCGCACACGCAUUUCAAGGAAUAAAUUCCUGCCAGGUACCCAUUAACCUCACCUGGCUUGAGUGCAGCACAAUGUGGAUAAAUUUCUUGCCGAAGGAAAUUACGCCAUGGCUGGGAUUCGAACCCAUGACCCUCUGUGUCAAAGUCCGGAGACUAAUCCACUGGACUACAACGCUCCACAUAAUUAUCAUUAUUCCAGUAGUCUUGCUAACAUUCAUCUUUUGAUCAUAUAGUGGUAUAUGUUCUCUGAUUGAAGUGAUGAGGGGCUCUAUAGGUCUUGGUCAUAUGUGGUAUUCAUUGGCCCGUAUUCUGAAGUCGGGUUUAACAUAAACUCAGGUUUACAGUUGUAGUUUAAGUAUGGAUAGCCAGUUGUUACAUAAAUCACUAACAGUAGAGAUAUCAUAUUUCCGCUCACUUUUGGCUUCCCAUAAUUUUAGCACAGAGUUAGACCAUGGUCUAAGUUAAACCUGACUUCAGAAUACCGGCCAAUAUCUCCAAAUUCUCGUAGGUAGGCAUCCGAUGGAAACUGAAACAAACCAAAUGAAAGAUGGGUGGAAUGACUCAAGACAUCAAUAAACCAAUAUUAUUACUGACAGGGAUUAAAUAGAUGAUGACGUCAUAGUAUCCCUUUAAAUAGCUUCAUUGAGCAAGAGCCUACAACCAUACCAUGCUGAAUAUACCGGUACUCGUCCGAUCACCGAAGUCAAGCAGCAUAGGGCUCGGUUAGUACUUGGAUGGGAGACCGCCUGGGAAUGGGCUACGACCCCCCUGAGUACUACUACGACCUUGACGAUCACCACGAAAAUCCACCUGUCGCGGUGAUCGAAGGAAGGACGAAAAAAAAGGGGAAAUGAUGACCAUGUCGGAAGUUUAAAGAGCGCUACCUGGUGACGAAAAGAUGAAACAUCGUCUGCUUGUGUCCCAUUUAGCAUUGACAUGCAUACACUAAAAUCAUAUUCAGUCAAUCAA